AUGAAGCAUUUUGCAAUCAUCUUCAGCCUCGCAUGGCUGGCCGUCACCGCUCCGUCACAGCACCGGAGACGCGGUCAAGUACAAAGAGACUGCGGUGACAGAGAGUCCAUCGUGACGCAAGAUCUUGCCACCUGCGCCGAGAGGGCUCGCGCCGCACAGCAGGCUGCCCGGGCGGGUUCCCCUCUGGUGCGGCUCUUCUUCAAGGCCGACGACGAGAACACUCGCAGCACAGUGGCCGAUCUCCUCGGCAAGAUUGCCAAAGAGUGCGCCUCGACAGGCGGCGGCGCCACCAGAAUCACCUGCCAUGACGCCGGAGGCGAAUGCGGUCGGUCCGAUGCACUGCCUGACCUAGGCGGUCCCAGGGUUCUCCUAUGCGACAAGUAUUUCAGGAACCCGAACGAGAAGAGCUGCGGUGGUCUCGACUCGGCGAGCGUGAUGCUGCACGAGAUGACACACGCCAUGGGCGCCACCCAUGACUUCAAGAUAUAUGGCUUCAAGCAGGUCAUGGGCCUGCAUCCUUCCAUGAACAUUCAACACGCCGACACGUACGCAAUCUUCGCCCACGCCGUGGCUCUCAACUGUACCAAGGAGGACUUGGAGAAGGAGGGAUCUGCAUGGCCUGGGGACACUGGACUUGCGAAUGGAGACCUGACGGACUCUGGCGGUUCUCCAGAUGGCGGCAUCCUUCCUCCUUGGGGGGAAGACGACGGCACAACGACUGGUCCGAGUCCCCCAUCUGAUGGAAAUGGGGACAGAAGCACCCGGAAUCGCGCGCAUCCUCCCCUUGGGGCCAACCAAGAUGGGAAUUCCCAGGAUGGACCGUCUCCACUCUUGGGCGGAAACGAAGAUGGCGGCCAACAAACAGGCCCUCUGCAUCCCAUUGGCGGUGACCAGGAAGGAGUUUUUCGAAAUGGAAAUCCAGAGUGUGAUACCCGGAACGGCUCGUUCCCUCCUCUCGGAGGAAACCCCGGUGGCGAUCCGCAGAACGGCCUAUUCCCUCCUCUUGGAGGAAAUCCCGGUGGCGAUCCGCAGAACGGCCUAUUCCCUCCUCUUGGAGGAAAUCCCGGUGGUGAUCCGCAGAACGACUUGUUCCCUCCUCUUGAAGGAAAUCCAGGUGCCAGCCCCCAGGCUGGCCUGCUGCCCCCAUUUGAAAGCGGCGAGGAGGGAAACGGUCAGUAUGGUCCGUUCCAAACCUUGACGGAGAAAGGAAGCGAGACCGAAUCUUAUCCUCCCUUUGGAAGCAAUGAGGAAGGAGGUGUUCAAACUGCCUCGCAUCCUCCCCUUGACGACAGCGAGGUUGACGGAGCUCGAUUUGGUCCCCCUUUGAUGAUUUCCAACCCCGCACUGGACGGAGACACCCGUGCAGGCAUCGAUUCUCCUUCACCUCAGAGGUGA